AGUGUUUAGUUGGUGUAGGGCGGACCCUCUCUUUGCAGUAAGGGUCAAGGAUAUUGUUUUUCACAGUUUCAGAUCAUAUUCGCAAUCAAAAAGAACAACAUGAAGUUAUGAGAAGCGUAGCUAAGCUGCAGCGCUCUUAUCAUCCAGCAGAUCGACAGCUUCUGGGCGAGGAUGAGGGAUCUUCAAGUCAUUGACAGUCUGCUCUUGAAAGAGUUGAAGUCAUGUUGUGCAAAAGAGUACAACUUUCUUCCCAGAGAGACAGGCCUUAAGCUGAUAGAGUCGGCUUCUGCAGAGAACCACAGUGGAGUGUCUGCGAAAAGCCGCGAUUCAAGAGUGGAGGAGCUGUGGGGCCUGACCAGCUUCUUUGGCUACAGCACCCAGACCUUUGUUCAAGCUGUGAAUUUGCUCGACAGAUUUCUCACCAUUAUGAAGGUGCAGCCCAAACACUUGCCCUGUAUUGGAGUUGGCUGUCUUCACAUUGCAGCUAAAAUGGUUGAAGAUGAGACCAAUGUGUCACCGACCCAAGAACUCAUUAGAAUCAGCCAAAGCAGGUUCACUGUGUCCGACCUCUGUCGUAUGGAGAAGAUCAUUUCGGAGAAGCUCAACGUGGAGCCUGAGGCAGUGACAGCCUUAACCUUCCUACGCCUCUACUACUCAGCCUUCACAUCCUCGUCCGUUGGAAGGGAGGACCUCCCAAGCAUUGGGAGACUGGAAGCCCAGCUAAAAGCCUGCUUAUGCCGGCUUGUUUUCUCUAAGGCAAAAGUAAGACUUGUUCCCAGGUGGCAAUUUCACAGCAUAAAAGCGAUUACUUUGAAUCUCGGAACUAAUCAGAAUUUUGUUUUUUCCCCUUUGCAGCCAUCAGUGUUGGCCCUGUCUCUGAUUGCUCAGGAGUUUGAUGCUCUCCAAUCCACCUGCAUGUUGAAGAUUGUCCAGCAAUUCCAAAGACAUCUAAAGAUCAGUGACGGCGAGCUGCUCCACUGGAAGGAGCUGGUGGCAAAGUGUAUGACAGAGUAUCGCUCAAGUGAAUGCAACAAACCAGACAACAAAAAGCUUGUCUGGAUCGUGUCCAGGAGAACAGCACAGAAUCUCCAAGCCAACCACUUCAGUAUUCCUGGUCUGCCAACGAUUCCUGAGGACAGCUGGAAUGAGAGUGAUAGCGAGGACUCCUGUGAGGACAUGUGCUGCGGAGAGACGCCGUGUGGUUCACCUGGCAGUGACGGAGAAGGAGCCUUUUUCCCCACCACCUUUCUCAGCUGCAGAAAGUGACAUGUGUUCAUUGUGCAGUAGUGACUGAUGUGUAUUUGUCUCCCAAAUUGUAACUACUCUUCACUUGUGUGGUACCACGUGCUCUUUAGGUAUACCGAGUGACAGGUUCCAAUUGUUAAGUGCCUGUGUUCAUUUAUUUUAAUGUGUGUUCUUCAAUAUCAAAUGAAAACAUAUCAUAAUAGAGCAAAAGUUUAAAAUUGCAAUAUCAUGGCAGCUUGAUGAAGAGUCAUCUGAAUGUCCUUUUUAACAGACGUUCUCUCUUUUGUGUCCAAGCUUGACACAUUCCAGGAAAAAUAGUGACGCACAAAGAAGAACUGGAUGUGCACUCACUGUUGAAUACCAGCUAACAAACCAGCACAUCCUCAGUCUUUUUAUAUAACAAUUUUAUACUCAUGUUUACCGUAUUCUGCACAUGUAUGUUUAUGUACAAACAUUUGUAAACUUAAUGUGACAUAUAUGACAUGUUAGUGUGAACUGUAUAUGCAUGAAAACAUGUGAUUGUGAUGUUACUGUUUACCAAGAUAAGCUAACUGUAAAAAGCAAAAAAAUGUACAUAACAUGUUUAAAAAGGAAAGAUAAAAAUUUAAUGUUACAUAUGUUGAAAGGGUCAGAAAUCACCCAUGCAAAUAAAAAUACUUUUUAUCUAUGAA